AUGAUGCAGUUUGCUGCAUGGAAUGUUAGGGGUCUGAAUCAAGCCCCUAAGCAAUUUGAGGUGCGAUCUUUUAUUUCUUCUCAAAAGUUAACGUUAGUAGCUCUUUUAGAGACCAGAGUCCAGGAGAGGCAUGCUGUUGAUGUCUCUCACAAUGUUAUGCCUUUUUGGCAUUGGGUCUUCAACUAUGAUAUUUGUGAUGGGGGUCGUAUCUGGAUAGGUUAUGACCCGAACGCCCUUAGUGUGCGAACCUUACUCAAGUCGGACCAGGCUAUCCAUAUCAAAGUGACGAGUUCUGAGAUCCCAAUCCCUUUCGUCCUGUCUUGUAUUUAUGCAAAAAAUGAGGAGGUGAACCAAGCCAGAUUAUGGAAUUCCCUCACAGCUAUUGGGAUAGCAGCUUCUUCUGACCCUUGGCUCCUUAUGGGGGAUUUCAAUGAUUUGGCUUAUAGUGGCCCUAAGUUGACGUGGACCAAUAAGAGGUUUGGUGAAGAAUGUAUUCUUAGGAAGCUCGAUAGAGCUUUGGUCAAUGAUAACUGGCUCUCCCACUAUCCGGAUAGUAAGACUCUUUUUCUUCAGCCAGGUAUUUCUGACCAUAGCUCUGUCGUAGUGGCUUUGUUAAGAGAUCUUCAGCAUAAGGGCAGCCCAUUUAGGUUCCUUAACCAUCUUGUUGAUCACCCUCUGUUCUUGGAUAAGGUGGAAGCUAGUUGGAUGAGGCAAAUCCAUGGAGUUCCCAUGUUUCAAGUUGUUCAAAAGCUCAAAGCUGUCAAAAAUGCUAUGAAGACUCUUAAUAGGUCUAGGGGUCAUGUUUCUGACCUGGUCUCGUCCCUUAGGAACUAUCUUCUUAGUAUCCAACAUCGUUUGCAGGACAAUCCUUAUGACCCUGUCCUUCACCAGCAGGAGCUUGAGUUGAACAGAGACCUUUUAGUGGCCCUUGCGCAAGAGUCUGACCACUUUCGCCUUCGUGCUCGGAUUAGGUGGUCAGCUGAGGGAGAUAGAUGCUCUCGAUUCUUCUUCCAAUCCAUGCUCGCUAACCGUAAUAAUCAUCCUAUUAUGAACCUCCUAAGAGAAGAUGGCACCCUCACCGAGUCCAAAGAUGAGGUUGCGGACGUUUUGGUCUCCUAUUUCCAAAAUCUUUAUAAACCAAGUUCUUGGAACUCUCCCCUUAGCCCUAUUGAAGUGGCCCCCUUCAUUGACAAGCGUCUGAAUCAAGACCAAUAG